AUUGCUCUGGCGGUCAAAGUGCGAAACGAAAACUGGUGAGCGAGCACUUCUCUACUGUGGGUGACCAUGUUGGGUGUUGUAGGAAGAACCGCGAGCCUUUUGGCCGGAAAAACCGUCGAAAAAGUCGGACAGGAGACCGUGAAAGUAGCGGCAUGUUACAGCCAACAAAACAGAGGAUUGGCUGCGAAAGCCCCCUCUGGAGCCGCUAAAGGAAAGGUAGUAGCCGUCAUCGGUGCAGUAGUAGAUGUACAAUUCGAAGACAACUUGCCUCCAAUUCUCAAUGCUUUGGAGGUGUCCAACCGUACCCCCAGGCUGGUCCUCGAGGUCGCCCAACAUUUGGGAGAGAACACCGUUCGUACCAUCGCCAUGGACGGUACCGAGGGUCUCGUCAGAGGCCAGAACGUCAACGACACCGGGUACCCCAUUCGUAUUCCCGUAGGUGCCGAGACUCUGGGUCGUAUCAUGAACGUCAUCGGGGAACCGAUCGACGAGAGGGGCCCCAUUCCAACUGACAAACUCGCUCCCAUCCACGCCGAAGCGCCCGAGUUCGUUGACAUGAGUGUCGAACAGGAGAUCUUGGUCACUGGUAUUAAGGUCGUGGACUUGCUCGCCCCGUACGCCAAAGGCGGUAAAAUCGGUCUCUUCGGAGGCGCGGGCGUAGGUAAAACCGUCUUGAUCAUGGAACUGAUCAACAACGUGGCCAAAGCCCACGGCGGUUACUCCGUAUUCGCCGGUGUCGGCGAACGUACCCGCGAAGGAAACGACUUGUACCACGAGAUGAUCGAGUCCGGGGUCAUUUCUCUAAAAGACAAAACGUCCAAGGUGGCCCUGGUUUAUGGACAGAUGAACGAACCACCGGGCGCGCGUGCCCGUGUCGCCCUCACCGGAUUGACUGUCGCCGAAUAUUUCCGCGACCAGGAGGGACAGGACGUGUUGCUUUUCAUCGACAACAUUUUCAGAUUCACUCAGGCCGGUUCCGAGGUGUCCGCCCUGUUGGGUCGUAUCCCGUCGGCCGUCGGUUACCAGCCGACUUUGGCCACCGACAUGGGUAGCAUGCAGGAAAGGAUCACCACCACCAAGAAGGGUUCCAUCACUUCCGUGCAGGCGAUUUACGUGCCCGCCGACGAUUUGACCGAUCCCGCCCCCGCGACCACUUUCGCUCACUUGGACGCCACCACUGUACUGUCCCGCGCCAUUGCCGAGUUGGGCAUUUAUCCCGCCGUAGAUCCCCUCGAUUCCACUUCUCGUAUUAUGGACCCGAACAUUAUCGGUCAGGAGCAUUACAACGUUGCCCGUGGGGUGCAGAAGAUCUUGCAGGAUUAUAAAUCUUUGCAGGAUAUCAUCGCCAUCUUGGGUAUGGACGAGUUGUCAGAAGACGACAAACUGACCGUAGCCCGUGCCCGUAAGAUCCAACGUUUCUUGUCGCAACCCUUCCAGGUCGCAGAAGUUUUCACCGGUCACGCAGGAAAACUUGUGCCACUCGAAGAGACCAUCAAGGGAUUCCAGAAGAUCCUCGGAGGUGAAUACGAUCAUUUGCCCGAGGUCGCUUUCUACAUGGUCGGCCCCAUCGAGGAAGUCGUACAGAAAGCCGAGAAAUUGGCCGAAUCCUCGUAGAUUUAAGUGAAUUAUUUUGUUAAUUUAUAUAUAUAGAGAGAGAAAGGUUUUUUUUUUAAUUAAAUUCGACACCGUAAAAGUCCUACUUUGAAGCUACAGGCCUUUUUUAUGUUCCACACGUGUAUGCGCAGAUUAAUCAUUAUUGUUGGAUUUACAUGAUUUUUUGAUUAUUAAAUAAAAAGCUAGAAAAUUAA